AUGCUUUCCCUGGUCACUUCCUCCCGCACGCUCGCUCGCUCCGCCGCGCCCCUGUCUGUCGUCGGCGCAUGGGUCGCACAGCGCGGCCUGGCGACUGCUGCUGACCCGUACGACCUCGUCGUCAUCGGUGGAGGCCCCGGUGGUUACGUUGCGGCGAUCAAGGCUGCCCAGCUCGGCUUCAAGACCGCAUGCGUUGAGAAGCGCGGCUCGCUCGGCGGAACCUGCCUCAACGUCGGCUGCAUUCCCUCCAAGGCUAUGCUCAACAACUCGCACAUCUACCACCAGACCACCCACGACCUGAAGUCUCGCGGCAUUGACGUCGAGGGCGUCAAGCUGAACCUCCCCACCAUGCUCAAGGCCAAGGACAAGUCGGUCAAGGCGCUCACUGGCGGUGUCGAGUACCUGUUCAAGAAGAACAAGGUCGACUACGUCAAGGGCGCAGCCUCGUUCGCCUCGCCCACCUCGAUCGACGUCGCUCUCCUCGAGGGCGGCUCGACCCAGCUGCAGACCAAGAACGUCCUCAUCGCCACUGGCUCCGAGGUCACUCCCUUCCCCGGCAUCGAGAUCGACGAGAAGCAGAUCGUCUCCUCGACCGGCGCGCUCGACCUCCAGCAGGUCCCGGAGAAGCUCGUCGUCAUCGGCGCAGGUGUCAUCGGUCUCGAGCUCGGCUCGGUCUGGGCUCGUCUCGGCGCAAAGGUCGAGGUUGUCGAGUUCCUCGGCGCGAUUGGCGGUGCGGGUAUGGACGGUGAGGUCUCGAAGAACUUCCAGAAGAUCCUUGCGAAGCAGGGCCUCAAGUUCAACCUGAACACCAAGGUUCUCGGCGCGGAGAAGAAGGACGGCAAGGUCCACAUUGCUGUCGAGGGCGCGAAGGAUGGCAAGAAGUCGACCAUCGAGGCCGACGUUGUUCUCGUCGCCAUCGGCCGCCGACCUUACACCGAGGGCCUCAACCUCGACAAGAUCGGCGUCGAGGUCGACAACCGCGGCCGCAUCGUCAUCGACUCGCAGUUCAACACCUCGGUUCCCAAUGUCAAGUGCAUCGGAGACGUCACGUUCGGCCCUAUGCUUGCGCACAAGGCUGAGGACGAGGGUAUCGCCGCGGUCGAGUAUUUCAAGACUGGCUUCGGACACGUCAACUACGGCGUUAUCCCGUCGGUCGUCUACACCCACCCUGAGGUCGCAUGGGUCGGCAAGACUGAGGAGGACUGCAAGGCGGAGGGCAUCGAGUACAAGGUCGGAAACUUCCCCAUGGUCGCCAACUCCCGAGCGAAGACCAACGCCGACGCCGACGGUUUCGUCAAGGUCCUUGCGGAGAAGAACACCGACCGCAUCCUCGGUGCUCACAUCAUUGGAGCUGUUGCUGGAGAGUCGAUCGCUGAGCUCGCGCUUGCGCUCGAGUACGGCGCGAGCGCAGAGGACGUCGCACGGACUGUUCACGCCCAUCCUACCGUCUCCGAGGCUGUCAAGGAGGCAGCACUCAUGGCGUCGUCCGGCAAGGCCAUCAACGCUUAA